GCAAGCUUGAUCUUUGUGUGCUUUGUCCAUAGAUAGGUGAUUGAUCGAAGAGAAAUGGCACUGGCCGAAGCACUCGGUUUUACAACGAAGGAGCUGUGCAACAUGGGAUGCGAGAUAGGUGGUGGCGGCGACGGUCGCAGGAAGCUGAACCGAGGGAGGGAGGUGGCAACAGGGAAGCGCGGUAGCGGCAGCAGCUGGGACACCUGUUGCUCCUCCAUGCUGCAAAACUUCGAUGACUGGGAUGUGGAUUCGUGGUCGCCGAAGACCGGAUCAGCUGCCGUUUGCCAGGAAGGGACGGCGGACCGGAGGAAGAGGCGGCGCACGAAGCGGUUCAAGAACAAGGAAGAGGUGGAGACCCAGAGGAUGACUCACAUUGCGGUGGAGCGCAACCGGCGGAGACUGAUGAAUGAGUACCUCGCCGUGCUCCGGUCACUCAUGCCCGCCUCCUACGUCCAAAAAGGUGAUCAAGCAUCGAUCGUUGGAGGUGCCAUAAAUUUCGUCAAAGAGCUUGAGCAGUCAGUCCAAUCCCUCGAGGCUCAGAAGCGCAUCAGGGAACGAUCAAAGGCGGCUCCUUUCGCUGACUUCUUCACCUUCCCCCAGUACUCAUCCAGCUCCUCGCACUGCACUAGCACUUCUAGCACCGACACUACCGCCACCGUCGAAGCGGCGCGCAGGAACCCGUCGGCCAUGGCUGACAUCGAGGUCACCAUCGUCGAGAGCCAUGCCAACGUCAAGAUCUUCUCGAGGUGGCGACCCAGGCAGCUGCUGAUGCUGGUGCUGGGCCUGCAGAACCUGCGGCUGACGACGCUUCACCUCAACGUGACCACCGUCGACGAAAUGGUUCUCUACUGUUUCAGUCUCAAGGUAGAAGACGAUUGCCAGUGUGCAUCAGUGGAUGUGAUCGCCACUGCAGUCCACCAAAUAAUUGCAAGGAUCGAGGAGGAGGAGACUGCUCACCACUAAUCCGCUUCUAUCAGAACACUUCAGUGACAAUAAUGUCAGUGCCUAUAGCGUUCUGUAUGUUCUUUUAGAUUUCUGUUUGCUGCUUAUUGAAUUGGCUUCAGAGUGAGAGAGACUCCAUCAUCGCUCCAAGAGAUGUUAGAUAGUAUGCAAUGGCUUCUGGUUGUGUAAGAGCUCAGUUCAUGACUUACCAUAAUGUCUUCUUUCUUCUUGUCGUUCAUCGAAAAGAUUCAGAUGUUCCAUCUGCAUCUUUACAGUUUCACACUUUAAACUCAAUUUACAUAGGAAUGAAUCAUUUUGUUUAAUUCUCUUAAAGGAGGCCUUUAAAUGAAGCAGCUUUAGAAGUGAUGUUUUAGGUA